CUCCUUACUACGCGUUUCAAUGUCUUCAACGUCGUCUGGGCCGCUUUACGAGGAGAUCUCCGGUGCUGAUCUCUCAAAUCAUGAAUGGAGGACUUCACCAACGGUCGGCGUUAUCCAAGAACUGAAGAUCAGAAUAGAGAAUUGUCAUCGUAUCCUGAGGACUACAUUUGGGCAUUCAGAUUACAAGGGAAAGCAGAAGGAGAUCAUUGAGGCCGCCGUGGCAGGUCGAGAUGUCUUUGUUCUUGCUCCGACAGGAAUGGGAAAGAGUUUAUGCUUUCAAAUCCCAGCAGCUGCAAAACAAAGCGGCAUGACUUUGGUCAUCUCUCCACUUUUAGCACUAAUGAAGAACCAGAUUGAAGGACUACGCCGCAAAAGUGUUCCUGUAGCUUCGCUAACAUCGGACACUCCUCCAGACGAAAAGGAAGAGAUUAAUCAAGCCUUGAUGUCCGGACAUCCAAAAAUUCGCCUUCUUUAUACUACUCCCGAAAAACUACCUCGUCCAGAUUUCAUGAAGCUACUUCGUAUUGUCUACAAUAAGGGAGAAUUAAACAGGCUUGUGGUAGAUGAGGCACAUUGCAUAUCCGAAUGGGGCCAUGAUUUUAGGGGGGAAUAUCGUCGAAUAGGAAUCUUCCGACAAAAUUUUCCGGACGUGCCAGUGAUGGCAUUAACAGCGACUGCAACUCCAAGCGUCGUAGACGAUAUCAUUUCUUCGUUGCAAAUGAAAGGCUGCGACCUUUUCGUCCAUCCCUUCAACAGACCCAACUUAUACUAUGAGGUUCGCUACACUUCUUCCUCAGAUGAAUUAUCCAAAAUGGCCGAAAUAUGCGAUCACAUUUGCGGUCUUCAUCGUAAACGAGGUAAAGUAUCGUGCGGAAUCAUCUAUUGCAGGACGAAGAAGACGUGCGACUCCCUAUCUGGAUAUCUCAGGUCAAAGGGGUUAGCCUCUCGGCCAUACCAUCGGGGUGUGGCAAAGGGUACUCUUGCUAAAACUUUCGAAGAAUGGUCUAUACCAGGAGGCUCUGAGAGUGGUGGCAUAGACGUGGUCGUAGCUACCGUUGCGUUUGGUCUGGGAAUAGACAAGGGUGAUGUGCGAUAUGUUAUCCACUAUGACAUCCCAAAAAGUUUCGAAGGCGAGCUUUUUCUUUGGUAUGGAUGCCGAGCAGGAAGAAAUGGUGUUCCUUCGAAGUGUAUCUUAUACUAUUCUCGCGAAGAUCUCAGUGAAGUUCGGCGAUGGGUCGCUGAUUCACAUAGUAGUCGGGUGCAAAAAGCUGAAGAUCUUCGAUUUCCUGCCCCGAGCCAAAGAUCAAUAUCAAGUUUGGAGAAGUUGGCCCAAUAUGCAGAAAACACGGAUGUCUGUCGACAUAUAUCGAUAUGCCGCUUCUUUGGUGAGGAUAUUGACGACAAAGAUUCAGAAAUUGUGAAACAGUAUUGCAAGAUGAUGUGCGAUGUGUGCAAGUAUCCGGAAAAAACUAAACGACGGAAAGAAACGCUGGGUGCGGCGCCGCUUGAAUUCCGCACUGUACCAAGUCGUCCUUCAGCGAACGCUGCAAUCUGCGAUACACACUCUACUGGAUGGAAUGAUAACGGCAAACGAAUCGCUGGUGCCAUGGAUCAACGACUCGGAAAUGGUUCGAGUACAGCCAAGAGACUCAAAAUCACUGAAUAUAGCAAACCUCUAGUCACAAAACCUUACAACUCUGCUGCCAGCUUAUCCAAACCUUUCAAGGCCCCUUCAAUGAACGGAAGUGGUUCUCUCGCCAUUGCUGCGCCAAAGAAGGUGAUAUCCUCUUCGUCAUCACGCUCAUCCGAACAGCGUCAGCCCCAGAACGGACCUCCAUCAAGGGGUGCAAAGAAUGGUGAAGCACGACUGGAGCUCGAGAAAGACUCUAUCUUCGGGGCCGAACUCGGAUCAGACUCAUCUGUGCUGACAAGCUCACAAGACAUGGCCAAAAAUUCUGACGCAAUACCUGACCUUGUAUUACUCGAUGUACACAUUGAGAUUGAAGAUCCAAGCUCCGGUAAAGUUCCAGUCAGUGCUUACACAGGGUGCAGUAAAGCAUUAUUUACCGUGGGAAAUGGUGAAAUAAUGAGAAUGAAAAUAUAAUGGGUUGGAUCUUGC